GUUCUGAUCUCCUGCCACUUUCUGUCCUAGUGCUGAGGCGGUCAGGGACAAAGACAUGCCUGUGAGCAGCCUCACUCAAGAAAGGCUUCAUGGAGCUUGUCCGAGAACAGCAAGCUGGUCACCCACAAGGAUCUGAGGGAAUGAGACACUGGACGGCAUGGAGCCUUGCUUCAGUCCUCAAAUUCAUGUGGAGUUGCACUUCAGUGGUCAACUACUGGACAUGUGACUUUCAGCUGAACUCUCAUCUCUCAACACUGGCCAAUAUUCAUAAGAUCUACCACACCCUUAAUAAGCUAAAUCUAACAGAAGACGUUAGCCAAGACGAUCACCAAACAGGAAGUCUGCGGUCUUGCAGUUCUUCGGACUGCUUUAGUAAAGUGAUGCCGCCAAGGAAAAAGAGAAGACCUGCCUCUGGGGAUGAUUUAUCUGCCAAGAAGAGUCGACACGAUAGCAUGUAUAGAAAAUACGAUUCAACUAGAAUAAAGACCGAAGAAGAAACCUUUUCAAGUAAGAGGUGCUUAGAGUGGUUCUAUGAAUAUGCAGGUACUGAUGAUGUCGUGGGUCCCGAAGGCAUGGAAAAAUUUUGUGAAGACAUUGGUGUUGAACCAGAAAAUGUAGUUAUGCUUGUCCUAGCUUGGAAAUUGGAUGCACAAAACAUGGGCUAUUUUACUCUGCAAGAAUGGUUAAAAGGGAUGACUUCUCUACAAUGUGAUACAACAGAAAAGCUCAGAAAUACUUUGGAUUAUUUAAGAUCGUUAUUAAAUGACUCUACAAACUUUAAACUUAUUUACAGAUAUGCGUUUGACUUUGCACGGGAAAAGGACCAGCGCAGCCUAGACAUAAACACUGCCAAGUGCAUGUUGGGACUGUUAUUAGGAAAAAUCUGGCCCCUUUUUCCAGUUUUUCACCAAUUCUUAGAGCAAUCAAAAUACAAAGUUAUCAACAAAGACCAGUGGUGCAAUGUGCUGGACAGCAGGACAAUUCAUCUGGACCUCAGCAACUACGACGAAGACGGCGCGUGGCCGGUUUUGUUGGACGAAUUUGUGGAGUGGUAUAAAGACAAACAGAUGUCCUAGGACUUUAUGCAUAGCAGCGCGAGAGUCACUGUUACCAGUUCUGUCACCCAUUAGCCAUAAAUUGCUGUUCGUAUCAAAGCGCAUGCUGCUUUCUUGCACUGUCUCCCUCCUGCAGGGACGUGUUGGUGUUUGCUAUGGAAUGGGCCAGCUCUGCUUGCUGUGUAGCAUUGUUCUCUUGGAAGGCUGCUUUGCAGUUUGUAUUCACACUACAGAUUGGUGACUUUGCCAGCGUCCUCACUGUGAUUAUGUGUAUAUUGCUGUUUAAAUUUUGUAUAUGUGUAUAAAAAGAAAAAAGCUUCACCUAGAGAUUAUUUCUGCAAAAAUGUAUUGUAAAAAUAAUUUUGUGGCAUAUUUCUAGUCCCUUUUUUCAAAUGAACUAAUUAUACUUUAUUUGGUCUCAAAUGUAGCAUUUCAGAAAACAAGACCAAGCAGCUGUUCCCACGAGCAACCAUCGCCAGAACUAACCUUUCCAUUUAAGAGGCCAACGUUUAAAACGAGAUGGAAGUCCUAACUUUUCAGAGGCAUAUGCCAAAUAUCAGUUUGUUUGUCUGACAAUAUUAGCAUUUUAAAAUGAUGGAAAUUAUAAUUAUUUGAACAGACAGACGUGUAACAUGCCACAAAUCAUUUCCAUUUCCACCAUGCAAGGCCUAGUUUUUUUUCUUUGUUUUGUUUUUUAAAUGUGAAAGCUGUAGCAGCUUGAAUUUAGGUACAAAUGAACAAAUUAAAACGGCACCUUCCUUUUUUUUAAUGGGAUUUAAAUCUUGUUAGUUUUCUGUUCCUUUUGCAGCAUUCUAGCCGGAGUCUGGUCUGCUUGUGUUCUCUAUGCCCUUCUAAGUUCAGUUCAUUUUGCCUGCUGCAAGCAAGUCUGCUGGCUCGCUGGCAGUUUAUGAAUGCAGAGCACUUUUAGCUGCGGCUCGGAUUUUUAGUUACGCUUUCAUGGUGUCAGAGUUUCUAGUGUGGGAACAAGAACUGUACUGUGAGCGAGAGGUGUCCUGCCCCGCUCUGCUCUCCUCGUCUGCACCCCGCUGGGCUUCCCCUGGCCGCGUGUUCAUUGCAGGCAGUGGACGUGAAACCACCAGUGCCGAGCUCACCCUGUCUCACGCUAGGCCCUUCCUCAGGGGCCACUCACCGUCACCUGAGUCAUUUGCAGGAGGGUGACAGCCAUUAUUUAUGUGGAUGAGGAAACUUGAGUAAACAGGAUGGUAUUCUUAGGUUGUACUUGAGAUCUUAUUUUUCUUUUUGCCUUACCCUUCUUGAGGAAGUGCAUAGGUAACAUGUCUCACCCCAACUAUCUGGUGCUAUAUUGAAUGACUGACUCAGUCCCUAAAGUGUUUUGAAAACACAAAAGUCUAAUGAUUUAACCAAGUGAGAGCUAAUGGUGCAUCUGAACAAGUGAGUGCCGUACUCGUCAGCAGCGCCCACGCCUGAGCGCGCGAUGAGUGGAGGAGGCUUGGGUCAGCUCAGAAUCUGGCCAAAAAAACCUUCUAGUUCCACGCGAAGCGCUCAGUGCGUUCAAUGAGAAAGCACACAGACAAUGCUACUCUCGACUACUCUUUUGCAGUUUCUUUGCAAACAGUGUUCAGAUUUUCAUACUAUUUUUUUUUUCCCUAACUGAACCACCAAAGACAGAAAUUUUGUAUGUAUAUACGGUGUGUGUGCAUAUACAAAAUCAUGGUAUGGUAAAACGCAACUACUUCCCUUUUUCUACCAAAUAAAAAGGUUUGGUUUGCUGUGAAAUAAACCAGAAGUUUAGAAAACCGUAGUGAUUAAGCAUACUUAGCCAUUCCUUCUUUGUACUUUCACUUUAACCAUACAAAUUAAUACCAGUUUGCAUAAUUAAUAUCCCAAAAGAACAGAAACGGCCGUGGCGAGCAGCAGGUAGCCAUGGAGCUGUUGGAAGGGGCUCUUACGGAUGUGUUACCAUGGUAACUGGCCGUCAAGAGGUGUGGAUUUUGGAGAAUUGAUUCAUUUUCAAAAGUACUCCCCUCAGAGUUCUAAAAAAUCGCACUUUACAGGCAAUAGUUCAUAAAUUUGAUCAACUGUAAUUUCGUUAAAAGAAAAUACAGAUGAAGUUUUAGACUUAGAAUCGCAAGAAUUUUUUAACAAGCAUAGUCAAUCCUAAAAUAAAAAAAUUGUUAUGAUGGGGAGAUAGAACGUUAAUCCACAGUGAACAUUUUAAUGAAAGGACAGAAACCCAGGUAAAGAGAGAGGGAAAAAGGGGGUCAGAGGGUAAUAGCUUACUUUGUCUUAAAAACAUCCCUAAUUUACACGGCAUUGCUCAGCCCUCGAGCACUUACUGCUGAUGUCAGAUGAAUUAGGGUGCCUUCUCUGGUUCUCCUUCAGUACCGAAGUCUACACCCCCUCCCUUUCCGUUGCGUUUUGAACUCCGCACCGCGGUACCCGUCAUAACGGAACGACUUCGAGGUGUCUGCCGCUGCGGUAGGUCAGAAUGUCGUCGUUUGAUUUGCCACAAACACCCACUGUCAGGUCACGUGCACCUUUUCUGAAGCAUGAACUCUAAUUUUUCUGUAAACCUGACUUAAACCUCUCGAUUCCGGUCUGACAGCAGACGUCUGCCGCUCGGCCUCCGUUCUAACCGUGCAUUGGAAGUUUUACAGAAAGCUUUAAAAGUUAGUUUGUGCCCUUGGUUUUGAUUCUUACGACUGCUAAAAUACCUCUGUGAGCCUUAUCCUCUCUUCUUUCAUGUGUUGUACAAUAAAUGUAUAGAAGUCAGUGACCAACUGAAAUGUCGGGCGUCUGUAACUGACACCAGACGUGGGUUGCUUCUUCUCGUAAACGCGCUCCGGAAGUCCGUGUGUGACGAGCGGCAGCUGCCCUGUGACUGUGAACGCUUCGUGUCCCCAGUGUCCGCAUCACACUCGCCCAGGCGUCGGGUCCUGUGACGCCACCAGCGUGACCACAGCAAACUGGUUUCCGGUUUUAAUGGAAUCGAUGUAAAAUGAUAUCCUAUAAAUAAAAGGUAUUUGUGUUUUGUUUCAGACCCUA